AUGGCAGAUGACGGAAGUGUUGUGGACUCGGGUCAAAUAUAUAAUUUAUCUUCUGAAUACGCCCUUGACGGUAACGAUGAGCAGGUUUGGCAGCAGAUGAACAAUGUAAGAAGUUUUCCAGAAGGGAAAAGGAAUUGCUAUACCCUCAAACCCAAACAAGGCAAAAACAACUUUUUUCUCGUUAGAGCUUACUACAAGUAUGGAAAUUAUGAUUACAAAAAUUCUGCUCCAUUCUUCCACUUCCAUCUUGGCGUUAAUUUCUGGACAGGAUCGGGUAAUACCAGUAACGAUAGAAGAACGGAAGCCAUUCAUGUUUCUCGAACCAACAAUGUUGAUGUACGUCUUAUCAACACUGGCCGUGGAAAACCCUUCAUUUCGCUGCUCGAACUCUGGCCUCUCAAGGAUUCUAUAUAUCUGAACGAGUCUGAUUUCUCGCCGCUAGGCGUCGUGACACGCUCUUCUUUGGGAACAUCUAAAGCAGAUUAUGUUUUCAUCACAUACCCAGAAGAUAUCUACGGUAGGUCAUGGUACCUCGGUAGAGAGAUCGAAGACUCAGAGCCAAUCGCUACAUCAGUUCUGAUCGAUGGCGAUGUGUCAAACUAUAAAUUACCCAGAGAAGUGUUGGGCACUGCAAUUCGUUCAGGGAGCGGUUCCUCCUUAUUUAUCGAGUUGGAUUACAGCACAAAUUACGAGUACUAUGUUUACCUUCAUUUUUAUGACUUCGUGGAGCGUCCUCAAGAUCAGCAAAGAAAGAUGGAAAUUACUUUCACGGAUACGAUCCGAGACAACAUAACUCUUCAAUACCGGGUGCUCAAAACCAUGGUGAGGAGGAUGCCUAAAGGGGAAUACCUUAGUAACAUUUCAGUCACAUCCACCCCAGAUUCUGGUUUGCCCCCCAUGAUCAAUGCUCUUGAAAUCUAUAGAGUACUGCCCCAAUCGGAUUCACCAACUCAGGAAAGGGACGUGAAUGCUAUGCGGAUUGUGAAACAAGCAUAUAAAAUCACCAGAAAUUGGCAAGGAGAUCCCUGCAUGCCACGCGGUUAUAGUUGGGACGGUCUGAAUUGUAGUUACUUUGACAACAUUCCCAGGAUCACUUCAUUGAACUUGAGCUCAAGCAAAUUGACUGGACACAUAAAUACUUCAUUUUCCGAUCUCAUAUCAUUGGAGUCCCCGGAUUUGUCCAACAAUCAAUUGAAGGGAGAAAUACCUGAAGUUUUAGGAAAACUACCCAAUUUGAAACUGCUGGAACAAUCUAAGUGGCCCAAUUCCAAAGGCCCUAACGGAGAAGAACGGCAAUCCUUUAAUAUUGAGGUAAUCCAAGUUCAAUCAUUAAUACAUGAUGCUAUUGGAAUUUCUCUUCCAUUUGUAGCGACAUUAUUUCAAAAUGACGGGAAUCUAAAAUCGAAAAACCGUGCUUUUAAUCACUGGCAAGUUCUUAGUAUUACCAAUUCCUUUGAGACUGUUAUCGGACAAGGGGGGUUUGGCAAAGUGUACCUGGGCACACUACAAGAUGGUACGAAAGUUGCAGUCAAGUUACUCUCAAAAUCAUCACAACAAGGGUUUAAGGAAUUUCAGUCAGAGGCAGAACUUUUGAUGGUUGUUCAUCAUAGGAACUUGGUUUCUCUUGUUGGCUAUUGUAACGAUGGUGACACGAAAGCACUAGUUUAUGAAUACAUGGAUGAAGGAAAUCUCCGACAGAAAUUAUCAGAUAAGAAUCCAUAUGCUUUGAAAUGGAAUGAGAGACUUCAGAUAGCAUUGGAUGCAGCAUGUGGUGUGUAA